CUUGCAGUGCGGCCACUGAUUCCCACUCUGUCAUAAUCUUACUUGAGUGUUUUUUAGUAAGGUUGGAAAGUAAUUGCAGUAAUAUAAUUUUGUGAUUGUUUCUUUAUAGUGAAAAUAUUAUUGUCUUGAUAUAGUUGUUUGAGUUUACAGUAUAUCUAAAAGAAAAAUCAUGUCGGUUGAUAGCAAAACAAAUUUGGUUGAUAAAAAAAAAGUACGAGGGUAUUCUCAUUUAGAGAUGCAUUCAAUUGUUUACACGUGGGAAAUUAAUGAAAUUACCCAUUUUCUCGAGUCUACUGAAAGUAUUGAAGAAAAUGUUAUAAAUUCACCAGAGUUUUCAACGAGUGCUAAAGUAAAAGAUUCAUGAUUCCUACAACUGAAAAUUCAAAACGUUGAUCAAUCCUCAAAAAAUGAAUCGUGGGUUUCUUUGUCUUUAAUGCCAAAAAAUACAAAUUUGAAAGUCCGAGCGAAGUAUUUGUUAUUUUUUUUGAACAAUAAAAAAGAAAAAAUAGUAAGCGGAGGUAAAAGUUAUAAUCAAUCGUUAGAUGCAUGGAUUAGUCACCAUUUUGUAAAUUCACCUACAGGCCGUGGUAUUUCAAAUUUCAUGAAAAUAGAGGAUCUGCUACAGAAAAAAGAUGAACUUCUUAAAAACGAUACCUUAACAGUUUGUGUUGAUCUGAUUAUUUAUGAUGAGUACGUCACACAGAAUAAUCCAAUAACUAAUUCAUUAGAAGAUUCUGAUGGAACAUUGAACAAGGAUUUUGAAAAUCUUUUGAUUUCUAAAAAAAAUUGCGAUGUGGUUAUCACCGUCGGUGACGAAAAAUUUGAUGCUCAUAAGGUUGUUUUGAUAACGCGCAGCAAUGUCUUUGAAGCUAUGUUUGAGCACGAUAUGAAAGAAUCAAAGACAAAUGAAGUAGAUAUACCAGACGUUGAUCCAGGAGUAUUCAGAAGAGUCCUAGAAUUUAUUUACACCGACAAAGUCGAGGAUUUAGAUAUUUUUGCUGAUGAAUUACUAGAGGCUUCCGAUAAGUAUCAGCUUCACGGACUUAAAAAAAUGUGUGAAACUUCUCUAUCCAAAACUUUAUCUUUUAAAAACGCUGUAAGGAUACUGAUCUUGGCAGAUCGCCACAGUGCAGAACGAUUAAAUGAAUUUACAAUGAAUUUCGUAGUCGCUCAUUUGGCCGAGCUAAAAAACACUGAAGAGUUUAAACGAUUGGAAAAGUCUCAAGAAUCCCUUGCAUAUGCUGUACUGAAAAAAUUUAUUGGUGAAAUUUAAACUAAUAACGAAUCAUUCACUGCAGCUUUUUAAUCUACUAAGGACUUUUGGAUCCUUUUCCGUACUGUCAAAGAAUGAGAAAAAUUUCUAGUGAGAUUUUUAUGAGCUUUUCUUCAUGAAAAUUUAAAAAUAUCAUAAUAAUUGGGUUUAUAAUAAAGUAUAAAUUAUUGAUAAUUUGAACUUUAAAAAGGUAUUAUGAAAUUGCAAAAUAAUCUUACUAAUCACCUUAAAAUUUUGUAUGUUAUUAUUAUUAUUUGUAUUAUUGAAGAAUAUGAUACACUUUACG